AUGCAUAGAACGACACUCUCAUACACAGCUAUAGCCACACUCGUCGCCAUCUGCGCUACAGCAGCACCAACUCCUCAACCCACUAUCUUCCCACCCAUGAACUUUCACGGCGUACCACAACAGCGUCCCGGUCUUUGGGAGUACAAUAUAACCACCACAAACGACACUGUGAUUUCUCCUGACGUGUCUCAUGUUGAUGAGCAGGAAGGGGAUGGUAAUCACAGUGCAUCUGUUCUGGGCAAGCGGAACGAAAAUGUCAAUGAGCUUGUGGAUUUUACGAGGUUCAAGGCUGAGGAGAUGGAGGAGUUGAAGGUGGAGAGUAGGAGAUCUUUCGGCGGAGGCGAGGAGGGAAAGAAGGAGGAAGAGGAGCAGACGAUUAUGCUUGGGGCGCCGAUCUCUUUUCCUCGUGGCGAAGGGGAUCAGCAAUAG